AGCGUUUGAGAUUAGAAAGGACUCCACACCUUGGAAAGCCGAGGAGACAUGAGAAUCAUUUUAAAUGCAAAUUAAAUUGAGGGGGUAGCAGAGAAGAACACAUAAAAGACAGUAAAACAAAACCUUUCAAUUUUCUUAAAUUAGCAGUCUAAGUGUUCUAAAGAGCAGCUCCACUCAGAUCUCUUCUUAGGGGCUGCAUUUCAUCACAGUAUAAAAUGGGCAAAUCCAUCACUUUGCUCCACUCAGUGCUCUUGAAUCGAGAUGGAAGGGAAAAUUAGAAGCUAUACAAUUGGACUUGCAGGCUCAGAAGCGUUCCACAUCUUCAUCUGAUGCCGUGGGUGUCCUGUUGAAAGGGGUCAACGAGUGCUGGCAUCCAAGGGAACAUUUUCUCUUGAAACUCUGUGUUCGAAACAUCAAAGAUGGAUUAUCCCAAAAUGGAUUAUUUUUUGGACGUCGAGUCUGCUCACAGACUCUUGGAUGUUGAGUCGGCUCAAAGAUUCUUCUACAGCCAAGGAGCUCAAGCUCGCCGGGCGACCCUGCUCCUGCCUCCCACAUUAAUGGCGGCAACCUCGGAGGACGAUAUAGACCGGCGGCCCAUCCGAAGAGUCCGCUCCAAGAGCGACACACCGUACCUCGCCGAGGCCAGGAUCUCUUUCAACCGGCGGGUGUGA